AUGCAAGCUCCUGUUGUGUUUAUGAAUACCUCUGCUGACAGACAGACUGGUCGUCAAGCUCAAAUUUCAAACAUCACAGCUGCCAAAGCUGUGUCAGAUAUCAUUAGAACAUGUUUAGGUCCAAAAGCCAUGUUGAAAAUGUUAUUAGAUCCUAUGGGUGGUAUUGUUUUAACUAAUGAUGGUCAUGCUAUCUUAAGAGAAAUUGAUGUUGCUCAUCCAGCUGCUAAAUCCAUGAUUGAAUUGAGUAGAACUCAAGAUGAAGAAGUUGGUGAUGGUACAACAACUGUUAUAAUAUUAGCUGGUGAAAUUCUUGCACAAACAUUCCCAUAUAUUGAAAAAAAUAUUCAUCCAGUCAUUAUAAUUCAAGCUUUAAAACAAGCAUUAAGUGAUGCUUUAGAAAUAAUUCAUCAAGUUUCAAGACCAAUUGAUAUUGAAAAUGAAAAUGCAAUGAUUAAAUUAAUUAGUGCAUCAAUUGGUACAAAAUAUGUUAAUAAAUGGUCAGAUUUAAUGUGUUCAUUAGCUUUAAAAGCUGUUAAAACUGUUUUAAUUGAUGAUGGAUUUGGUCAUAAAGAAAUUGAUACAAAAAGAUAUGUUCGUAUUGAAAAAAUUCCAGGUGGUGAAAUUGAAGAUAGUGAAGUUUUACAAGGUGUUUUAUUAAAUAAAGAUGUUACACAUCCAAAAAUGAGAAGAUAUAUAGAAAAUCCAAGAAUUAUUUUAUUAGAUUGUCCAUUAGAAUAUAAAAAAGGUGAAUCACAAACAAAUAUUGAAAUUACAAAAGAAGAAGAUUGGAGUAGAAUUUUAGAAAUUGAAGAAGAACAAGUUAAACAAUUAUGUGAAACUUUAUUACAAUUUAAACCAGAUUUAGUUUUAACAGAAAAGGGUGUUUCAGAUUUAGCUCAACAUUAUUUAUUAAAAGGUGGUGUUACAGCAUUAAGAAGAGUUAAAAAAUCAGAUAAUAAUCGUAUUUCAAGAGCAACUGGUGCAACAAUUGUUAAUAGAAUUGAAGAUUUACGUGAAAGUGAUGUUGGUAAUAAAUGUGGAUUAUUUAAAGUUGAACAAAUUGGUGAUGAAUAUUUUUCAUAUUUAACAAAUUGUGAAAAACCACAAGCUUGUACAGUUGUAUUAAGAGGUCCAUCAAAAGAUAUUUUAAAUGAAAUUGAUAGAAAUUUACAAGAUGCUAUGGCUGUUACACGUAAUGUUAUAUUUGAACCAAGUUUAUCACCAGGUGGAGGUGCAACAGAAAUGGCAGUUUCAGUUAAAUUAAGUGAAAAGGCUAAAACUAUUGAAGGUAUUCAACAAUGGCCUUAUCAAGCAGUUGCAGAUGCAUUUGAAGUUAUUCCAAGAACUUUAAUUCAAAAUGCAGGUGGUAAUCCAAUUCGUUUAUUAUCACAAUUAAGAGCUAAACAUGCUAAAGGUGAUUAUACAUUUGGUAUUGAUGGUGAACAUGGUAAAAUUGUUGAUAUGAAUUCAUAUGGUAUUUGGGAACCAGAAGUUAUUAAACAACAAAGUAUUAAAACUGCUAUUGAAAGUGCUUGUUUAUUAUUAAGAGUUGAUGAUAUUGUUAGUGGUGUUCGUAAAUAA